AUGCCGCCCAAGAGGAACGACACCACGGCUGACGAGCGAAGGGACGCGACAAUUGAAGCCCUCACGCGACAAGGCGAGGGUUUCUGGCGGCAGUUCCAAUCGAUGGGCCACGAUAUGUCGGAUUUGAUGGGGAGAAUGGAGAAUAUUCGUGAGGCUCUCCAAACCUUGAUGCAACGCGAGCAGACGAACCGUGACGGGCCCGAUCAUCGGGACGACAGUCGCAGUGGACAGCGUGGUGGCCGUGGAGGUCGCGGUCACGCGCGUUUUGGUGGUGGUCGACGUGCGCCGUACGAGGAGGAGGGCGGCGACUUGGACGCUACGGAGGAGGAGGGAAACCCGUUUGGGCGAGAUGAUCCUCGUGGAGAUGACGACCCGCGCGGCGAACGGCGUUGGGAGAGUGCGUUUCGCGUGGAUAUCCCAGAGUUCUCGGGUGGGCUGGACGCCGCCGAAUUUCUGGAUUGGCUUGCUUCGGUGAAGGCGGUUUUUAAGUACAAAGACGUGCCCGAAAACCAUCGAGUUGGGCUUGUCGGCACGCGACUGCGUGGACGGGCAGUCGCCUGGUGGCAACAUCUCAAAGACGAGAGGCGUCUGUUAGGAGUUCGAUCCGUGGACGAGUAUACAGAGGAUUUCUAUCGUCUUCUUACGCGUGUCAAGCUACGUGAAACGACGACUCAAAAGUCGCGACGACCCUUGCCGUCCUCGGGUUUUCAACCGCGCGUAGGAGGCGCUCCGUCUUCGUCACCCGGGCUGAACCGGUCGCCGUUGACGGGUGGUCACAGCAACUCGACAGGACCGACCGAAUUUCCCACAGCUGGAGCGUCGACCAGCACGACCAUCAGAAUCGGGACUGCCUCAGCCGGGAAAGAGGGGUCGCGCGCCGGAGGUGGUCCUCGUUGUUUUUCCUGCGGCGAGGUAGGCCACCGUCAGUCCGCCUGUCCCUGCCGCAACAGCUCUCAGGCUCUGCUGACAGAUGACUUUGACGGAUCGGCGGAGGUUGCUUAUGAUGGACCGCCAAAGUUUGAUGUCGAGCCAGACCUGGAGGAGGAACAUCUGUGUGGCGACGAGGGCCUUGCUUUGGUUCUUUGCCGCUCGUGUUUGGCACCUCGAGUUUCUGACACUAUUGAGUCUUUACAGCGUCACCAUAUUUUUGAAUCUACAUGUACGGUAGGUGGUCGUGUUUGUCGUUUUAUUAUUGACUCUGGUUCUUGUGAAAACAUAGUGGCCCAGGAUGCUGUUGAUCGCCUUCAGUUAUCGACGGUACCGCAUCCUCACCGUACACCUUGGCGUGGAUUCAGCGAGGUAACGCCAUCACAGUGGACCGUCGGGUGUUGA